AAAUAUUUGUAGCUAACCGAUAUAUGUAAACAGAAAUGGCAACCCGAAAAAGAAGUGGUUCCGGCUCAAAAAGACAGCUUAAGGAAAAGGUAGUUCAGCUUUAUGAGACCUUAUUUAGAGGUGAAGACAUUGCCAAGACCAGCUCUUUAUUUUGGGAUGAGUUUUUUCUGUUGAAACCCAAAAUUCCACACAUCGAGUCAGAGAUACAAAAAAUUACAACUGAUAAAAUAGACCUUAUUAGAAACAAUGUUACAUUGCUGUUUUCAAAAUGUAUAGAAACGUUAGGACACGAACAUAGUAUAAGAGUCAUUUAUGCAAUGCAAACAUUAUGUGCCUUAGUUCAUAGUGUUUACUUGAGAAGUGCACUAGAGGACAGUAAUAUUAUCAAUUUGCUUCUAAAUCCUCCAGAAACGGAGCAGAGGAUGCAGAUAUUGUUUCAUCAUAUUCAUUCAUUUCUUUCAGGUGAAUCAUCUGAAAGCUUGAAAAACUUAUCUCUAAAGCUGUUGCUUAUAUUUGUAACAGGGACUGACAAUAUUAAUCAAAAUGUUUUGAUAGAAUUUUUGAUGAGUGCAUCACUAUUUGAGACUCUUAUGCAACUUUUGUGUGAUCCAAAGUCUAGGCACCUUCAUGGCCAUGAUGUGGUACUAUUUCUUACUGUAAUUGUAAACUACAAAAAGAAUGAAAACUCAAAUCCAUAUAUUGUGAAAUUGUCUAUGGUAGAUGAUGAAUUAGCUUUGAAUGGCUAUGGUCAAGUAAUUACAGCAGCUCUAAACGACUUUUGUCGUCGAUACAACGCCCAACAUACAGAAGCACAAAAUGGUUCCUGGUUGUCAUCUUUAACUAACAUUGUGGGGAACAUGUUUGUUUCAGAAGAAUUGGGAGUCAAAACACAACAGAUGAGAGCAAAUAAUGCCUUACUGUUAGCUUUGUAUGAAGCUAUACAUUUAAAUAGGAACUAUAUUACAACAUUAGCUCAAACUCAAACUGAUACCAGCGCUCCUCCAUCCCCUAGCAAUACUUUACAGGCAGGAAAGACAACCCCUGAUCUAGCAAGCGGGACUAUUGAAGAUGUAAUGGCCCAAACUACUAAUCUUCUAGUUACUUUUUUCCAAUAUUGUUCAAUUGUGAUGCAAGACACUAAGACUGAAGGUGGGGCCAAUACUGUAAAGUUAUGUUUCAUUAUACUUAGCUGCAUAGCUGAAGACCAGUAUGCAAACUCUAUCAUGCAUGAUAUAAGCCUGACUUUCAGAGUACGUUUACAUAGACUGCCCAUGAGACAUAGAAAACUGAUAUCAGAUUGCCUUACAGCAUCUCAACCUCUCGCCUCUACAUUAUUAGAUUUACUAAUCGAAUUUCUUAUGAGUCAUAUGAUGAAAAAGUUGCCAAUAGAAUUGUAUCUGUUAUGCUUGGGCAUAAUCCACAGGCUGUUGUGUUACCAAAAAAAAUGCCGAGUAAGAAUAAAUUACCCCUGGAAGGACUUAUGGACUGCCCUAAUAGCUGUGCUGAAAUUUGUGGUUCAAAAUGAGAGCAAUCUUGCCAAGAAAAUGAAUAUUUUCGAAUUAUGUUUAAAAAUACUUAACAUAUUCAAUUUAUUUAUAACGUAUGGCGACACUUUUCUACCUACCCCCGGCAGUUAUGACGAUUUGUAUUACGAAAUUAUUCGUAUGCAUCAAGUUUUUGAUAAUGUUUAUUCUUUAGGUAAUUUCAUCAAGUGCCUUUUUUUUAAUUAGAAUUUCCUUGAAUAAUUAA